AUGCCUGACAAGAAAACAGAAGUGCCUCCCGAUGAAUCCGUUACUUACAGCUCGGGAACCCAUCAAGGACCCCCGGAUUUAAGACUCUUACAUUACAAUGACGUCUAUCAUGUCGACCAAUCCAGUAGCGAACCCGUGGGAGGAGUCUCUCGAUUCAUGUCACUCAUAAAACAUUACGAGGAAGAUGAAAAAUUUAAAGAGCAGCCCGAUUUGGUGACACUAUUCUCCGGAGAUGCGUUCAAUCCUAGUUUGGAGAGUUCUGUGACGAAAGGGACGGACGCCGCAGCGAUAGGAAAUCACGAUCUCGAUUUUGGUGUUCGUCAAUUCAGACAUCUAUCCUCUAAAUGCAAUUUUCCGUGGCUUGUCGCAAACAUAUUAGACCCUGCCUUAGGAGACUCGGUGCCCAUCGGAAAUUGCAAAAAGACGCACAUCAUCACAUCAUCUAAUGGCAUAAAGAUCGGAUUAAUAGGACUCGGCGAGCGUGAAUGGUUAGCUACUAUUAACAGUCUACCUCCUGAUCUCAUCUACAAGUCUGCGACCCAGACCGCGAAGGAGUUAGUUCCUCAAUUACGGGCUGAGGGGGCUGAAAUUGUCAUCGCCAUAACACAUAUGCGGGAACCGAAUGAUAAUAAGCUUGCCGAACAGACUGAUGGUUUAAUUGAUAUAAUUCUUGGAGGUCAUGAUCAUUACUAUAACCAUAGCUUCAUCAAAGGAACCCAUGUUUUGCGCUCAGGGACCGACUUUAAGCAGUUAAGUUACCUCGAAGCGAGGAGACGGUCCGAUGGGUCAGGAAGAUGGAAUAUUGAUAUCAUACGAAGAGAUAUCACUUCCGCCAUUCCCGAGCAUGUGCCUACUGUCGAAUUAGUUGAGAAGUUGACUGCUAGUCUCAAAGCGACACUUCAGAAACCUGUCGGAUAUACAGCCGCCCCACUUGAUGCAAGGUUUCGAACGGUUAGGUUGAGAGAGAGCAAUAUAGCGAAUUGGGUAUGCGAUAUUAUGCGUCAUUACUACUCGGGAGAUUGUAGUAUCAUGGCAUCGGGGACUGUCCGUGGUGAUCAGGUCUAUCCACCGGGUCCGAUCUUAUUGAAAGAUAUUAUGAACUGCUUCCCAUUUGAGGAUCCUGUCGUGGUUAUCAAAGUUACUGGCCAAGCUAUCUGGGACGCCUUGGAGAACGGCCUGUCUUUGUACCCGGCGCUCGAGGGUCGCUUUCCGCAAGUAUCUAAUAUCACCUUCAAAUUUGACGGCGAGCAACCAACCGGAUCGCGCAUUUUAGACGCGACAAUUGGUGGUCAACCGAUCGAUAUGACUAGGAAAUACGUCCUAGUGACACGGGGCUAUAUGGCUCGUGGAAAGGAUGGAUACGAUAGCCUUCUAAUUGAAUCAGAAGGUGGAAAAGCUGAAGAGAUCGUGUCUGAAGAAAAUGGGAUCCUCAUCUCUAUGAUGCUCCGCCAGUACUUUAUGUCGUUACGCGUCAUGGGGCAGUGGAAGUAUUGGGGUAAUAAUAUGGGCCGGCAUUGGAAGCACGUCACUAGCAAAGUCAGCGUGGCCCAUACCCAUCACGAUCCCACCCCAACCACAACUCCGGUCAGCCCAACAAUGCGAACGAAGGUCUCGGGAUGGGAUAACUGGACCCCGCAAAAGAUUCGCGAGCGGAAGACGCAUGCCACAUCAGUCGACGAGUCCGAUAACGAAGAAGGAACUGAGGAAGGGGAACGAGAGUACGCCGGCGAUAUCGACACAAUUGACAAUGAGAUGCAGAUCAUGCGUAGAGUGUUUGCUAAGUGGGCGCGGGUUGCGAAGGUGCAGACGAGGCUUGGAGAAGAGUUGAAGAAGGGUGAGUUUCAAGCUGAUUGGACCAGGGCGAUUGCGCCGAGGGUUGAAGGGCGUAUUGUUUGUGUUGGUGGGGAACAGAGGUAG